AAAUUCCAAUCAACAGAUUCCAACUCCUGUAAAUGCCGGCCAUGAUAUUAUCAUGUAUCUUCGUGUUAAAAGAUGCUAUAUAUACGUUGAUCAAGUGGUUGUAGCUCAAAAGCACUAGCACUUCCUUGUUUUUCUAAUAAUAUGGAAAAUAGAAGGUGCAAAGUAUCGCCAACCAUGUUGCUUGUGUUCUUCCUUAUUCUCAAUUCCUUGUUUAGUUCCUCUCAAGCCAUCCUUAAGACAGUGGUUAGUUCAUCAAGCAAUGAUGCAAAUGUGAAAAAGCAAAGUGACUUGGAAACUUACAUCGUACUCCUGAAGAAACCAGAAGCUGCAGUUUUCACAGAGUCUAAAGAUUUAGAUAGCUGGUAUCAAUCAUUUUUACCAGUAAACACCUUCAGCUAUGACCAACCACGUUUGAUGCACUCCUAUCACCAUGUGGUUACAGGGUUUGCUGCGAAACUUACACCAGAGGAAGUGAAAGAUAUGGAGAAGAAGGACGGGUUCGUGUCAGCCCGCCCCAGGAGGAUGGUUCCUCUGCACACAACCCACACACCUAGAUUCUUGGGUCUGCAGCAAAAUUUAGGGUUUUGGAACUACUCAAAUUAUGGCAAGGGAGUGAUUAUUGGACUUAUUGACAGCGGAAUAACACCUGAUCACCCUUCAUUUAGCGGUGAGGGAAUGCCUCCUCCUCCAGCAAAAUGGAAAGGGAAAUGUGAGUUCAAUGGAACACUGUGCAACAAUAAACUUAUAGGUGCAAGAAAUUUUGCUACAGAUAGUAAUAACACAUUGGACGAGUUCAGACACGGCACUCAUACUGCUAGCACAGCAGCUGGAAGUCCUGUGCAAGGUGCCAGUUACUUUGCGCAGGUCAAUGGCACUGCAAUUGGAAUGGCCCCAUUAGCCCACUUGGCAAUGUACAAAGUUUCCGGCAGAGCAAGCCAGGCUGGUGAAAGUGAGAUAUUGGCUGCAAUGGAUGCAGCAAUUGAGGAUGGUGUUGAUGUGCUUUCACUUUCUCUUGGAAUUGGUUCCCGUCCUUUCUAUGAUGAUGUGAUUGCAUUAGGUGCAUAUGCGGCUAUUCAAAAGGGGAUCUUUGUGAGUUGCUCGGCAGGAAAUUCUGGGCCUGAUAAUAGCUCUUUAUCAAAUGAAGCACCAUGGAUUCUAACAGUAGGAGCAAGCACUGUAGACAGAGCAAUAAGAGCAACUGUAUUACUGGGAAAUAAUGCAGAGCUAAAUGGUGAAUCCCUUUACCAGCCAAAGGAUUUUCCUUCAACAUUGCUGCCACUUGUUUAUGCAGGUGCAAAUGGUAAUGAAUCGUCUGCACUCUGUGAGCCAGGAUCAUUGACAAACAUUGAUGUCAAAGGCAAGGUAGUUUUGUGUGAGAGAGGAGAAUUUGGCACAAUUUCCAAAGGCCUAGAAGUGAAAGCAAAUGGUGGCGCUGCCAUGAUUGUAAUGAAUGAUGAGUUAGAUGGCUUUGUUACAACAGCCAGUCUUCAUGUGCUUCCAGCAUCACAUGUGAGUUAUGUUGCAGGAUCAGCAAUAAAAGCCUAUAUAAACUCCUCAUCUUCACCGACGGCUACAAUCUUGUUUAAAGGAACUGUUGUUGGCUUGCCAGAAGCUCCUCAAGUUGCUGAAUUUUCCUCGAGAGGUCCUAGUGUAGCAAGUCCUGGAGUCUUGAAACCUGACAUUAUAGGCCCAGGUGUGAGAGUUUUAGCUGCCUGGCCAGUUUCAGUUGACAAUACCACCAAUAGGUUUGCUAUGAUCUCAGGCACUUCAAUGUCUUGCCCUCAUCUCAGUGGCAUUGCCGCUCUGCUUAGAAGUGCCCACCCUGACUGGUCACCUGCUGCCAUAAAAUCUGCCAUCAUGACCACUGCUAAUUUGAAUAACCUCGGAGACAAGCCUAUCUCUGAUCAGCAGUUUGUUCAAGCCACCGUCUUUGAUAUGGGUGCAGGCCAUGUGAACCCUGCAGGGGCUAACAAUCCAGGGCUUAUUUAUGAUAUCCAACCUGACGAUUACAUUCCUUACUUAUGUGGUCUGGGUUAUUCAGACAAAGAGGUGGGACUUAUAGUGCAGGGCACAGUGACAUGCUCAAAUGAUUCAAGCAUACCUGAAGCUCAGCUGAAUUACCCUUCAUUUUCCAUCAAAUUGGGUUCCACUCCACAAACGUACACAAGAACAGUAACAAAUGUGGGUCAACCUAACUCUGUCUACUCUCUUGAGAUCUUUGCGCCAAAGGGUGUAGAUGUUAAGGUAGCACCAGACAAUAUUAGUUUCAGUGGAGUGAACCAGAAAGCUACAUACUCGGUAAAAUUUAGCAAAAAUGGAAAUGCCAGUGGAUCUUUUGCUCAAGGAUAUCUGAAUUGGGUGGCUGAUGGGUAUACUGUUAGAAGCCCAAUUGCUGUCAUAUUUGAAUAAACAGGCAUAGAUUUAAUUUUGAUAUAAUAAUU